AAAGUCCCGCAAUAGUAGCUACGAAAGGCCAAACGCAAAUUCCACUGUGUGGCUAAUCUUUAUUGUGGCUAGCUUCACAACACAUAACCGCGUCCGGUCAAGCCAUACAAGACAGAUGAAGCUAGCUGGCUGCUUAUAACGUUAGAUUUGGGCAACAAACGGGGUAGCUGGCUAGCUAGUUGUUUCAAUAGGAGAACAACAAGUGGCUACCUAGCUAAUACUUGCUCACAUCGAUUCCUAAAUUAUUGCUAAGAAUAUUGAAAAUUACUGCAAUUUUUACUGGUCAUUGUUUUCAGGCUUGUUUCAUUUGCGCUAGCUAUGUACCAAGCUAAAGCUAGCUACCCCAUAAGUUGCUAAUAACGUCUGUAUCAAAGAUAUUUGAAAACAUUGUUUAUCCUGCUCGUUUGAUCCUGAUCUAAUUUCAAAUGCUCACACAGACGUUUUCCCUUUCAGUCGAACAAAUAAUGCCUUUUUACCAACGCAGUAUUAUACAGCAGUGAUCAUAAUGGUGGCGCUUGGCUUGUACAUGCAAAUUCAGCACACACAACAUUCUAUAAUAUAAUUGUGUUAUUUGACGUGUCAAAUUAAAUGUGUAUUUAUAUUUUGACACGCAAAGACCCAAACUUCGCUCCAUAGAAUUCUACUGUCUGAAAAGGUACAUACGCUUCUGAUGCGGCACCAUUUUUAAUAAAAACUCUCAGGAUCGAACGUAGAACCAAAACCAGCAACAGGUCUUUAAAAACAAUUUGAUUGGAUAUUAACAAACGCAAACUACCUCGCCUACCACCUACAUACAUUCAUUGGCUAGAUUAGAAAGGAGGCGGGAUUUAUGGUAGACUAGUCGUCGUCGCAGGAGAGGAAGAGCAAGACGGCCAUCUUCGUGAGGUCGAAAGAUUGCGUGUUAAGGUAAUUCUUCAAGUAGUGAACUUUUAAAAAUAUAAACUGCACAACGGUAUACUAUAUGUGUUAAUAGUCAAACUGUUGUUGAAAUAUGGACAGCAAAGACGGCGCUCAGCUUCAACCACAGUCGUUGCUGAGCUAGCCAGUCGUUAGCUAGCUUGCUGGCUUACAACUUCUGUACGUUAGCUAGCCAACAGUCUUACUGCUGGAAAUGAAUGUGUUUUGUGGCGAUGAUAUUGCCACUGUGAAAAAUAACAUGCAAUGUUUGCUUGCUAGGAAUAGUUAAUAACCUAAUGAGCUCCUGGGUCAUCAAUCGUGUCAUCUUUUUAUGAUGAAACAAGCGCUUUUCUUCCAUGGACAGGCAAGGCAAAUUGUGCGAGUUUGACUGUACAAGAUGUGCUCGAUUUAGCUUGGAAGGCAACCGGGUGGGCGUGGUGUAAAUGUUUGGGACCAUUCCAUGGCUGGCACAUCGGGCUGUGACUUAAAUCGAGUGCACCUACUCUUAUUUAUUGCAACAAGCACAAAUGUAAAUGGCUUUCCAGCUAUCCUGCUCAGAUGCCUAGACACUGCUCUGCAGGUGGAUGCAAAUCCCGUGACACCAGAGAAAAUCGUAAGGCUGGCAUUACCUUUCACAGGUUGCCAAAGCGUGGAACCCCACGCAGGGACCUAUGGAUCAUCAACUCGCACCGCAAGGGCCCACAAGGCCAGGGGCCAUGGGACCCCCAGAGCAACUUCAUCUAUUUCUGCUCCAAGCAUUUCACCCCAGAGAGUUUUGAACUCUCAGGAGUCAGUGGGUACAGAAGGCUGAAGGACGAUGCAUUGCCCACAGUCUUCGAAAUGGUCAUGCAGCCAGGAGGAAGAGGAGGGGGGGAAACUCCUAGAGGAAAGGGCAAACAGAAUGUCAUAAGCCUACAGACCAGGAGGUCCCGCUCUCUGAAAGUGGAACAAAACAGCCAGAAUGGUGCACAACAAGAAAUUGAAGCGAAAAAUAUAGAUUGUGGAGAACAAGUUCAGAGCUCUGAGACACCCAAUGGGGAAGCUAAUAACAAUAUAGAGCUGGGCAAAGCCCAGGCCCUCCCUUCCCCCCAGGGAACGUCUGCGCCGACUGUCGAAACACCACAGAGUUCCCCUCAACAACCAUCAGGCUCUUCACCCGGAGACCCACCUGGCUCUCCCCGUCCUCAUUCCCCAUCGCGAUACAUGCUGCGCCUACCCCCACCUCCUGGCUUCUACCUGCCCAAGGAACACAACUAUGCUCAGCAUUGCCCCCUGGUGUGGCGGAAGCGUUACGACAGGGCCAUCGACAACCUGGAGAAGUCCCUGCGUCUGCUUAGUGCGGCCAGGCGGAGGGAGAACCGGCUGCGGCAUGCGCUCCUGCGCCUCAGAGAGAAUCGUCUGAAACACACCCUGCUUCGCUCCCGUGACGGAGCUAAGGGCAGGGGAGGUCGAAUUCAGGGGUUGGAGAGGAGAGGACAUGGAGAUAAGGCAGGAGGUGUCAGCCUGGCUGAGCCAGAAGAGACUGAGAUGGAUAGAGUGCCAGAGGACUUGGGGCUAUUUGAAGACGGACCUGGGGAACCGAUUGACUGGGGAGGGCGGGUCCGGACUACAGAGACUAAAGCUGGGUUGGAAGAGGAGGGAGGUUACUGCUUCUACUGUGGAAGAGGGCGAGAGGACGAUGGGGUUAAAGUGACCAGGGGAAGCUCUCAGAUCAGGAAAGGUGGACAGGGAACUAUGGAUGAUGGCUCUUGGAGCUCUCAGGUUGAUGAGGGGGACAGAGAUGGUCGAAGAGGAAGACGAAUUCCAAAGAAGGCUCGAGUUCGAAAGGUUGUAGAGACCACAACAUAUGCAGGAGCGCCACAGGAAAGCUAUGAAAGCUACUACUAUCACUGUGGCGCGUCUGAGAGUGGUGAAGAUGUGCAGGUACUCAUGGUGGAGCUGCCACCUGAGAAAGGGGUGAAAGCUGGCGUGGAACUUCACUGCAACCCUCAGCUGUCCAUCCCCCUGUUGCAAACACAAUCACCGGUGGGCCUUCAGCAGAUGCAGCCCUCAGGCAGAGCAGCACUGCAGGAUACCCACAGCCGGGUUCAAUUCCUGCAGCCUUGCCCAGCCUCCCAGCAAGGGUUACUCGUCACAGACCUGAACUCAAUAGAAGCAGAGCCAGUGGACAGCCAGCAGCAGCUGGAGGAGCCGGUGUUCUGGAUGCAGGAGGGCCAACUGCUCUUAGUGCCUGUGCCCUCUGAAGACUGGCUGAAGGGCACAGUUGGGAUGGAGGGAGUGGCAGAAGAGGUGGGAGCACCAACCAUAUUAGUGUCAGAGGUGGGAUUUCCUAGAGACUUGGUGGAGGAGAAAAAGGGGCUGUGCUUGGAGGGUGGGGGUACAGGUCUGAGGGUUAUAUUGCCCACUGAUGGACAGGGAGGCCACCACUCAGACAUCAGGACUACUGUGGUGAGCGGUGAUGUGAGGGAGCGGUUGAAAGAACACUUGGAGGGGUUUCAGCUCCAGCUUAGCAGUGAGUUUAUUGACUGAAGGCUGUAUCAUAUUAAAGGGCCAAAGGGUGAAAGCCUUCAUGUAGAGAGUGAAAAGGUGUCAGCAUACUGUUGUGUUUUAUAUACAUCAGCUAAGAUGGUGGAAUGUUAACUUAUAACUUAAAUCAGGUGGAAAGGUCAAGAGAACCAUUUAGCAGGACAAAUCAGUCAGUCAUCUUCUUACCAGCUUGUUAGCCCAAAAUGCUUCAUAAAAAUACAAAAAUAUUCCAUUUACUCACUUCACGCAGGCUUGUGUAGUAGAGCAGUGGUUCCCAAACUGUGGGGCGCGCCGAGAGGUCGGUGGGGGGUCAAGGUGCAAUUUCGAAAUUGGGGUAGUGCAGCAUCAGUUCCUGUUGUCUUGUCAGUCAUUGCAGACCUUAGAGAGCUAUUUAUAACUUGUUAGAAAUCAACUCGCCCAUGUCAGCUAACUUUUUUUUUUUUGCUAGGUUUUUUUAGCCUAUAGAUUCUAUUGUGAUGUUUGAGUCACUCAAAUAUCACAUGAAUAAACAUUAGACAUGGCAAACUGUAUAGAAUUGCAAGAAAAUUUGCUUUAAACGGCAAAAUGUUCUCUGCAACUCAUGACACGAUCUGUAGAAUUGCAGGAAAUUAGCUUUAAACCUGCAAAAUGUUCUCUAAGCCAACAAGAAGGGUGUGAACAGUUUGUGUCAUGAACAGUGCUUGUGCCCAUAAAAAUAAACAUGGUGCACGCAUGCGCAUGAUGUUCCCCAGUGCCUGUGUGAAACGUUUGGGAACCCCUGUAGUAGAGCAUACAAAGUGUAAUUGAAAACAUUUCAAAGCAUACAUCACAGAAUUAAUGAAAUACAUUGUAAAUUAUGCUCAGUUACACUUGUCAUUGCCUGUACAUACAAUUAUUACAGUUAAUAAAAUAACGUAUAAUUUCA